UAUGAAGCCUGGCGUACACAAGUUGAGCUUCUCCUUGGUGACGUCUCAGUCUCUGAAAAUCAAAAGCUAAGGAGGAUAUUGGAGAGUCUACUUAGCCCUGCUACUGACAUUGUUAAGCCCCUUGGCACUGGUUCACCCCUCCGUUCAUAUCUUGAUCAGCUUGAAGCUGCUUUUGGAGUGGUAGAAGAUGGCGAGGAGCUUUUUGCCUCCUUCUUGAGCUCCAAUCAGAACACUGGAGAAAAACCCUCCAUGUACUUGAACAGGCUUAAUGUUUCUCUCACCAAGGCCAUUCUGAGAGGGGGAGUCAACGCCAAAGAUUCAAACAAACAUCUACUUCGACAGUUCUGCAGAGGUUUCUGGGACCAAAGCUUGAUUGUAAGUCUUCAGCUUGAGCAUCAAAAGAGUAGCCCACCAUCCUUUUCUGAGUUGCUCCUUCUGCUCCGGGCAGAGGAAGAUAGACGCUCUGCAAAACUCGAAAGAAUGAAAAAACACUUAGGAAAUGCAAAAGCUGUUUCACACAUGCACUCAGUCUUUGAAGUGCCAAGCUAUGAUCCUGAUUCAGAUGUUGCUAUUCCAAAGAAACCAGACAACACACAAAAGUUAGAGAAAGAGGUUGCUGAGCUAAGAAUACAAGUAGCAUCACUGAUACAGAAAGCUAAAUGGGAAUCAAGAAAAACUGACACCAACAGCAGCCCCAUUAGAGACAAAAGCUAUGACUGUCUUAUUGCAAGCUCAGUAAACCCCCACCCAGUCGCAAAGGCUUCUAGCUAUCCAAAGCCAUGGUUCUGCUUCAAAUGUGGCCAGGACGGUCACAUAGGGGUUAACUGUGAUAAUGAACCAAACCCGGCUCUUGUCCGCAAAAAUAACUCUGAACUCAGAGUCAGGCGUGAGAAAUAUCAAUCAAAACAGGAAGCUCCCCAGCAGGCUUUAAACUUCUAGCAGCUCCUGCUGUGGGACAACUGG